AUGUCUCGAUACAUUGGGGGAUUAAGGAUAGCGAUUCAGGAUCGUGUAUCUUUGCAGCAGACCUAUACAUUAGCAGACACGGUUAGCCUAGCCGAGAAGGUGGAGCGACAGCUUGGACGAAAUAGUAAAGGAUCGUGGGCAGCUUCUGACGGUUCGCGCACGAACUUUAAUCGUGGUGGGAAUAAACAGUCUCAAACUGUUCCUGAUCAAGAUUCUACGACAGAAAAGGGCAAGGGGCCAGCGACGACUACAGCGAAGAAGCCUACUCCAACGAACCCUUAUGCCAAACCUGACCCGAUCAAGUGUUAUAGAUGCGGACAGCCUGGUCAUCGUUCCAAUCAGUGCCCUAAAAGAGGUACUGUGAACAUGGUGGAUCAUGAAGAUGAGGAUACAGACCGAGACAAUGUUGAAGACUAUGAUGAUGGGUUGGAUGCUGAUGAUGGGGAACAACUCUCAUGUGUUGUGCGGCGACUAUUGUUGGCUCCAAAGGCAGAAGAACCACCACAGAGGCAUAAUAUCUUUCGAACGAGAUGUACGGUGCAACAGAAGAUCUGCGAUGUCAUCAUUGAUAGUGGGAGCAGCGAGAAUAUUGUAUCUCGGCACAUGGUGGAGAAGUUAGGGCUGAAGACGGAAAAGCAUCCCGCUCCUUACAAGAUCGGCUGGAUUCGCAAGGGUAAUGACGUACAGGUUGAUGAAGUGUGUCGGGUAUCCUUUUCCAUUGGCCGAACUUAUGUGGAUGAGGCAAUGUGCGAUGUAGUAGAGAUGGAUGCAUGUCACAUAGGGAAAGAUAACGUCUAUAUCUUUAAGAAGGAUGGUCGCCGAAUUGUGCUCAAGCCUCUAACCGAGAAGGGACCUGUCAAAACCAUUGUGGCUGAAAAGAAGAAUUUCUUGGUCGUUGACAAUGAAGACUUUAUGAAAGAUGUGAAGCAAUCUGAUGAGAUUUAUGCCCUUGUAGUUUCGGGAAAAGAGGAGUCUACCACUGUCGAAACUCCACAUGAAGUACAGACCCUCUUACAACAGUUUGAUGCAGUUAUGCCUGAUGAUCUUCCUUCUGAAUUACCCAUGCUUAGGGACGUUCAACAUCAGAUCGACCUUAUCCCUGGAUCCCGACUACCAAAUCUGCCACACUAUAGGAUGAGUCCGAAGGAAGGAGAGAUUUUGCAGAAGCAGGUGGAUGAUCUCAUCCAGAAGGGCCUUAUACGACCUAGCAUGAGUCCGUGUGCAGUGCCAGCACUACUAGUCCCAAAGAAGAACGGAGAGUGGCGUAUGUGUGUGGACAGUAGGGCUAUCAACAAGAUUACGGUGAAGUACAGAUUUCCUAUUCCACGCUUGGAAGACAUGCUAGACAUGUUAUCUGGUUCAAAGGUGUUCUCCAAAAUAUAUCUCAAGAGCGGCUAUCAUCAGAUUCGGAUUAGGGAAGGUGAUGAGUGGAAGACUGCUUUCAAGACAAAAGAAGGCAUGUACGAGUGGUUAGUCAUGCCUUUUGGUCUUUCUAAUGCCCCUAGCACUUUCAUGCGAUUGAUGAAUCAGGUAUUAAAACCCUUUAUCGGCAAGUUCGUCGUAGUUUACUUUGAUGAUAUCCUGAUUUAUAGCCAGAGUGGGGCUGCACAUCUGGACCACUUGAGGGAGGUACUAACAGUUUUGUAG